AAUCCAUACAAUUAAUUCAAGAACAAGAAGUUAUACAAGUAGCAUAUAAACAACAAGAUGAUGAAGAGUGUAAAUAUAAAGAUGAAGAGUCUGAAUAUAAUGAAGGAAAUGAUUAUAUAAUACAAGUCAGUACUACUUUUACUGAUUGGAAGUAUUUAGAAAGUAUAUUAAAAAGAUACGAAUCAGAAGUUGGGUUUAAAGCAAUCAAAUUUCGAAUAAAACGUAAUAGUGAUAGAACUAUA